GGGCGGGGCUUGGGGUCUUGAAGGCCCUCGGAGCCUCCAGUGUACCCGGGAGGAGGAUCGGGACCAGGGUCCGCCGCCCCCCGGGAGCUGAGCAAGAUGUCCUCGGGUUGUGUGGGUGAGGGGGCCACCAUGAGGGCUGCGGAAUCUGCGUGACUUUUCCCUCGGAGAUGCGCCCCUUCCUCCUGGAAGGCGGCAGUGUGUCCCAGAUGCCCGUGGCCGAGGGCAAGAGUGUCCAGCAGACCGUGGAGCUCCUCACCCGGAAAUUGGAGAUGCUUGGAGCAGAGAAGCAAGGAACAUUUUGUGUGGACUGUGAGACCUACCACACGGCUGCCUCUACCCUUGGCAGCCAAGGUCAGGCCGGGAAGCUGAUGUAUGUGAUGCACAAUUCCGAGUACCCUUUGAGCUGCUUUGCCCUCUUUGAGAAUGGCCCUUGCCUUGUUGCCGACACCAACUUUGAUGUGCUCAUGGUGAAGCUCAAGGGCUUUUUCCAGAGUGCCAAGGCCAGCAAGAUUGAGACCCGGGGCACCCGCUACCAGUACUGUGACUUCCUAGUGAAGGUGGGCACGGUUACAAUGGGGCCCAGUGCCCGAGGCAUCUCCGUGGAGGUGGAGUACGGCCCCUGUGUGGUAGCUGGCGACUGCUGGAGCCUGCUGCUCGAGUUCCUGCAGAGCUUUCUCGGCACCCACACCCCGGGGGCUCCCGCCGUGUUUGGGAACAGGCACGACGCCGUCUACAGCCCAGCAGACACCGUGGUCCAGUACAUGGAACUCUUCAACAAGAUCCGCAAGCAGCAGCAGGUGCCGGUGGCGGGGAUUCGUUAGUGACUGGCAGCUGCCCGGCCGAGCUGUCGCCAGGGGGACUCCACAGGAGGAGCAGGUGCUGCACCCUCAGGCCUCUGCACCCCAGAAACCCAGGGCAGACGGGAAGGUUUCCCUCCCUCUCUAGUUCCCAGCUGUGGCUUUUGUUCUGGGGCUCUGGACUCCCCUCCCCUGACCCUCACACGCAGCCCCCCAACAGCUGUUCCAGCUGGACUUGGCCUGUCCUCAAGAACAGUAAUUAUGAAGAGUAGAGAAGUUUGGAGCUUUCCUGCUUUAGGGGAAAAGAUAGGAUGGGGGUGUCCCUGCCUGGUGAGGGUGGGGAAGGCAGUCUGUAUUGCUAACUACUGGGGAUUUGGUCCAGGUCCACAGUGGACAGGCUGCAGGUUGUGUUUGGGCUGGGCUGUAAUAAAGGCCUCUCCCUCUGCUCAAAGGAUGUGGCUGGGCCCCUCCUGGAAAAGUAGUAAGAGGCACAGCUUAUUUGAUGGCUAUGAUUUUCUGACCUGUUUGCUGAAGUUGAAUUGUGAGUUCACUUUUCUAGGGUGUUGCCUGAGUCCUUUGAAGUCUUCCUCUGGACAUCUUUCCAUUCUGUUGUGAAUUAUAUUAAGGCACAGGCUAAGGUGCUAUAACAAGGAGAACCUAAAGUACAGUGGCUCUUAGAAGUUUAUUCUUCUCUUUUCUAAUAGUACAGAGGUAAGCAAAUGGUCCAGGGCAGAUUGAACUCCACAGGGUCAUCAGGAACUUGGUUUCCUUCGGUCUUGUUCAGCCACCCCUAGGGUGUUGUCCUUGGGUGAGUCAAAGUAGACAUUGGCUCCGUGUCCACAUUCCACUGGGGAAAGAGAGAGAGAAAGCAGUUCCUUUUUUAAAGGACGUGACCUGGAGUUGCUUAAAUCACUCUGGCCACAUCUUGCUGAAAGGAACUCUGGGACAUAGAGCCUCUUAUUUGGGUGGUCAUGUGCCCAGUUAAAAUGCUGGGGGUUCUGUGACUAAAAGAUGAAGGAGAAAAUGGAUGUGGGGACCCAGUUAGUAGCCUCUGCUACACGGAGCUCAAUGGAUGUACCCAGGAAUGUUCUUGGCUAUUACUUUGCAGAGAAGUACCCCUGUAAGCAAGCCAUUCGUUUAUGAGUUGGAUUGUGAUAGGGCUGAUGCCAGAGCCACUUUAGCUGGAUUAGUCGCACGGGAAGUCACUUCCACACCCCUUGCCUAAGUCUCAGCAUCAAGACCUCUCCAGUUCUCAUGCGCCCAGAGCUUAGGGUUAGACAGUUGACCUCGUACUCACACUGUGCUUCAUGGUUUCCUGAGCUCUUUCUCCUCGUCUCAUUUGAGCCUCCAAGCUGCUCAUUUGACCUACAUUGUCUGCCUACCCCACUCCUGAUGCAGAAAUGUUCAGUCCAGCUAGCAUUGAGAUACACAGAGAUGGUCUUAGGAAAUGUAUUAAUGUACAUACUGCAGUACUGUCCUCAAGGAUACUGUCCCUCAUUGAAGGCACCUAAAGAGAAAUUGUUUUCAGAUCUAAGUGGUCAGAUCUAAAGCCUCUGUAAGAAGAAUCAGGCAGUGGUCAUGUUUCCCUUUUAGCUUUGGCUGGCAGGAAGCUCAAUUCAACUUUCUAACUGUAGGACCUGUCAUCUGUGUUUCUUGUUCUCACCUCCCCCGGCUUCUUGUUUGUUUCUUUGCUUUGUUUUUACUUUUUUAAAUGGAGGUAUGUUUUAGAUAUUAUUUACACAUAAUAAAAUGCAGAGUUUUUUUUA